UUUGUAUGUUGUUUUUAAAGCAAUGCACAUAGAUAGCGUUGCCUAGAAAUUAAAGUGAAUGUCUACAUAUUUUUAAUUUUUAGAGAAUAUAUUGAUCUAGUCAAAAAUGGUGGUCUGCCGGUUCUUUCAACAAGGCUCCUGUCGCUAUGGUACAAAAUGUCACAACGAGCACUUCGAUGUCAAACAAUACCUAAAAGCCGAUAUGGAGUCCAGCCUCAAUGGCAAGAUGUGGCCUUUCUCUGCCUACGGACCCUUUAAGGACAAGGCCAAUUUCCCUAACUUCAUCGAGGAUCAGUCCUUCGAGGAAGUCCGAUUUUUGUGCUACGAGGCCAAGCGCUUGAAUAGCUUCGAUCAGUUUGCACAGCAGUUCAAUCGCGAGGUCAUGGAGGCCACCAACAAGAUGAAGACCAUGCUGCAGAUGUCGCCCCAAAUUCUUGACGUGAUGAUCAAGAUUCACGAGGCGCCGGAGGGCGGAACAGUGUCGGCGGCCCCUCAACAACCCAGUAACCCCUUUGCUGCAGCUGCUCCGGCAACAAAUUCAUCGGCGUCAAUCUUUGGCAAGCCCACAUUAAGUACAGGCAAUAUUUUCGGCAAUGUCUCUACUCAACCGAACAAUGCGAACAGUAUUUUCGGAGGAUCUAUGGCCACUGCCAAUCCGGGGAACAGCAUUUUUGGUGGCGGAGCUGCGGCAGCAGGAGCUACAAGUGUCUUUGGACAACCACAGCAGCAGCAACCACAGCCUGCAGGUCAAGCCUUUCAAGGAGGCAACCUUUUCGCUCAGGCUCAAGUUCAGCCAGCAAAUCCCAGUCCGUUCGGUGGCUUUCAACAACAACAGCAACCACAGGCGGCUGGGAUCUUCGGCCAACCAGCCAAUACUAAUUUAGGAAUCUUUGGCCAGGCAGCACAACAGCAAGCCCAGGCGCAGCCUCCAUCUGGAUUGUUUGCUCAGGCAGCAGCCUCUACAUUUCCUAAUCAACAGCAGCAGUUGCAACAACAGCAAAUGCAACAGCAACAAAUGCAGCAGCAACAACAGCAACAGAUGCAGCAGCAACAACAGCAACAAAUGCAGCAGCAACAACAGCAACAAUUGCAAAUGCAACAGCAACAGCAGCAGAUGAUGCAGCAACAACAAAUGUUGCAGCAGCAGCAGCAACCGCAGGCGACCAAUGAAGCCCACUCCUCGGUGUACAGCCGCAUGGCGGAUCUCAACGAACAGGAAAUCGAGGCAUUUAAGGCGGAUCAGUUUUUGUCGGGCGCUUUGCCCUUCAAGCCACCGCCAAGGGAACUUUGUUAAGCUGUUGUCAUUCUUUUACACUAACGUAUAUUGUUUGUAAUUUUAAAUUGCGCUGAUAUUAAAUAAGUAAGCCUUAAAAA